AUGUAAAUUAAAAUAAAUUAAUACAUAAUGAUAAUGACUAAAUAAAAAAAUAUAUAAUGAGAGAAAACGAAUAAACAAAUAUCUAAAAAUUCAAUUCCUGCAUUUCAUGUCGAUAUCUCGUCUUUCUCUCUUUCCGCACGAAAACCUGCUUAAGGUUUAUAAACAUUGUUGGAUCAAUCAUCGGUGCUUAGCACUAUCCGUCACGAAGUCACCGUGAAAGAUGGAGACGUCGCGUCGCAUGCGCCCGUUCGUGGGAAUCGUGGAAUCCAUUACGCCCGCGACGUAGACGUCUCGGACAAGCCGUUCAACCUCCGUUCCGGCAAGACAUCGAGGAUGGCCGACAUCAAGCAGGAUCACAAGAGCGAGGAUGUCGACAAUUACGGGAUGAAUAAUAGCGCCGAUCCGAAGAACAUGCAGGAGUUGACGCAAUACGUGAGUCCGCAUACACGGAAUGAUGAUGAUAACAAAGCAUCCGGAGACGCGUCGCGACAGGUCGUUGACGCUACGUUGACUCCUUUGCAGGUGCAAACGCUGCUGCAGAAUAUGCAGGACAAAUUUCAAACGAUGUCCGACCAGAUCAUAGGAAGAAUAGAUGAGAUGGGCAACAGAAUAGACGACUUGGAAAAGAAUAUUGCGGACCUAAUGACACAAGCAGGAGUCGAAGGUGGUGAUAAAUAAGUUCAUUCUUCUUUCAAGUGCACUAAUCUAUAAGUAAUCACUCAUCCAAAGCAUCCGAGAUAGCCAUAUAUAUAUAUAUAUAUAUAUAAUUGUGGAAAAAGAAUGUACACAGACACUGUGAGAUAUCCAUCCUUUUGUUACAAUACAAAAAUAAACUUACACUUUUUUAUAAAUGUAUUUUGAUAUUAUAUCAAACAAAUUUUAUCAUACAAUUAACCGAGAUAUCAAAGACAUAAGUAUAUGUAAUUUCAUUAGGUUUUAUAUCAUUUUAAUGGAACAUGUAACUUACAUCAAUUCUUCAUUCCUUACUUUAUAAAAGCGAUUGUAUAUAUAAUAUUCUUUUCUUCUAUAAAAGCAAUUAUUUAAUACAAGUCUUAUCUUAGUCAAAAUUUUUGUAUCUAUAGACAUUUAAAUUAUGAUGUAAAUUAUAAAUAAUCAAAUAUUUUUGAAAGAUAAAUAAUAUGUAAUACAAGAUUU